AUAGAUGUAAUAUUUUAGAUAUUAUUAAGAAAAGUUUUACAUGCAAUUAAUCAGUAUAAUAAAAUUAAUUCUUUACAUCUCUCUCUCUUUCUCUCUCUCUCGCGCGCAUCUUUUUCGAAACGUAUCGCGAGAGAAUUAAAUGUAAUUAUAUAUAAUCUCAAUUUCCAUAACAGAAUUAUACAGAAGGUGCAUGCAUGUAACGGAAUAGCGCGCAUUUAAUUAAGAGAUGUAAUUAAAAUGUGCGGCAGUGAUCGAGUAAUUCGCAUUUUAUCAAUCUCAAUUAACGUACAUUUUACAUGUAUAUGUACCGUACGUGUAACUGGUAGUGUUAUUCUAGAUUGUCGUCUUGAUAUAUAAUAUAUUAUACAGUACGUAUUAUACAUAAGAAUACCAAUAAUACAUUAUUUGGUAUUCGACAAAAAGAUAUGGACGUGUGUCUUUUAAGUUGGAAGAUUUAUCAUAUACAAAUUAAUAAUGAUCGUAAAUUAUUAUGUAUAUAGCGCACGAAUUUAUAAAUAUAUGUGUGCAAGUUUGGCCUAUAAUAUGUUAUGUAAAAAAUAAAUGUAGAUUUUGUCUGUCAAGCACUAAUUUUUUUUUUAGUUCUAUGAGCAUCUUACUGUUUUCGCAAUUACAUAUAGGUCACUGGAUCACACACAAACACGCACGCAUGCACGCGCGCGCGCGCGCGCGCGCACACACACACACACACACACACACACACACACACACACACACACACACACACACACACACACACACACACACACACACACAUGUGGCAGUUUUAACUGCGUGCCGAUCAACGACUGCAUUCCCAAGCGAGUCCGGUACGAGGAUAUGGAGAGAAACGUUGCGAGAGCGUGACCAAAUUACACGUUCAAUCAAAUCGAUUCGCAAUGAGCGAGAACACAUGGUUUAUUUACAACUAGUUGGAUCUGCUGGCUUCUCGCCGUGUGUAUCUGUCUUUCCGAAGCGAAGAAUAAGAUUAGAAGACCAUUAUCUCCACCGUAUGCUCCUAUGAUAAUACUAAAGAAGCCUCGGCCCAUCAAUCAAAGAAUAUCUAUGGGAAACUCCAUUCAUAUCGGUGGUAAUCCUUCUCAUCAAAGAGUGCCUCACAAGCAUGCCAAUUACAGAAUUCGUCGGCCGAUAUACAAUGUUUUGCCGACUAGCUGGAAAAAUCAAGUUCCAAUGCGAGCGGUAUCCCUGAACAAUCGUCCAAUUUUACCACAACGUGCUCCCACUAAAGAAUUUUAUUCUAUAAACAAGAUACCGGAAUACAGUCCGGAAUACAGGCCAGAGUUGGUAGCUUUGCCACCUACUCAUCGAGGGGGUGUUGAUGACGACAAAGGACCUAUUCACACUAUUCCCGCACCAAAUUUGAGCCCAGCGGAUAAGCCGUACAAUGCCAAUAUGGACGAUCUCGCAGGUCUCAAUUAUUAUAACUCGAUUACUCCCGCGCAAAAUCCUAGAAGAAGCACUUUUGGAUCGGCAGUCACUGGCGGCAGUUUAUCCUCGCAACAUCAAUACCAAGUCACGGAAAGCAACGACGUGACUCUAAAGGAACACGAUAUCGUCCAGCCAGCCAUCUUUCGACACCCACAGGAUUUAGAUAUAUCGAGGUUGUACUCGAUUAUAAUCAACAAUCCACAGCCGCAAUCCAACGAGCUGUUCGCAAAUCACCCCCCCGCGAUACGAGAUCACUCGGAUACGAGCGUUACGAGUUCGAAUAUACCAGUUGAAUUUGCCCAGUCGAAUAUGCCAGUGCAAACGAAUCUACAUAGUUCCCUACACGUCGGAUUUCCUUCCACUGCCAUUCCGCAGCCAUCGUACACCAUAGCGCAGCAGAUACCAGCGGACCUUCACGUGGGUCACCCAGCUCCAGCGGGCCCACCGUUGUCAGCCUCGCAGCUCUACGAUUUGUUAAACAACAAUUUUCCACACAAACUCACCGAGCGAUAUACAACAGAUCAGCAAUACAUCCCUCAGCAGCAACAACUCGACCAAACAUUCGAUCAAGCGCUAGACGCAGUAACAAGCUUUUCUCAACCGCAAAUGCAUUCUUUCAAUUACGAUGAGCAGACUAAUCAGCUAUUACAGCGGCGACAGCAGCAAAUUUUACCCGAUCAAGAUUACGCCUCCGAAAGCGUCACGGCAGAUUAUAAUCUUGCUCCAGAAUCUACGGUAGAUGUACAUAAACAAAAUGACAAUGCGCAUUUCAACGAAGAGAUUACGUAUCCUAUUAGUGACACGGAACAAUAUGAAAACAAUAUUGAAUACGGAGAAAUGAAUCAGCAAAGAAAUCCGACGACGACGACGACAACGACGACGACGACGACGACGUAUUUCGAUAAAGUGGCCGACGAAAAUUCUAUAUCGACAAGGUUCUAUACGACACUUCCCAACAGAGAAGCUGCUGAAAAAUUGGCCGCACUGGCCGCUGCCGGUAACGUAAACAGUCGUCUCAUCGGCCAGCUUCGGAAACAACAGGAGAAAGAUGUGCAGAGAGACGAAUCGAUGCCGCUUAAUCAUAAGAACGACAGUGAAGACGACGAUGACGAUGAUGUAGUAAAUCAUCACCAUAGCGAGUCGCAGAUCGAUGAACAGCAAAAAUAUAAUCGAUCGAAAUUAUAUCGGAAUAGUCAGCAGCAUCGCCGCAGACACAGUUACAGAGUACAGAACAAUGAAAAGUUACCUCUACAAAUUACGAUACCUGACGAGAGUGAUUACACUACGAGCGACGACGAUCAAAGUGAUGUGAGAAAGGACGAUAUAGACAUCGAAUACGAGUACGAGAAUGAAGAUGGACAAAUUGACGAUACGCAAUCGGACAUUUUGCACGAUAAUGCUUCCCAUAUUGAGUUUGGCAGUCGUUUGCGUUCUUAGAAAAUUGGGAAGUAAAAAUAUUAGUGAGCGCGCAUACAUAUAAUUAUUACAUUAUUAAUAAUUGACGAUUGCUAGAAAAAGAUAGUAUGUUGUAAAUUCAUAAAUUUACUCAAAGUUAUUUAUGCUCGUCGUAGUAGACGGUACGCCGUUCGUAUACGUAUAAUGUAUCUGUCAUCUCGUUGACAAGUAAUCAUUUUGAAAAUUUCUGUCUUUGUCGAUUGCAAAAUUUCACUCGCUUGCUUCGAAUAUCAUCGUAUGGUAAGGGCAAAUAUAUGUACAUACGUAUACGUGUAACGGGUGAAUCAAUAACAAUUUCGAUACGUAUAACUUUA